AUGAACUUUAUGAUGAGGUUGGUUCAUUUAAUCAGAAAAUCAUCAAACUUACUAUCAUCAUCAUCAUCUCCAUCAUCAUCAUCAUCUAUAUUGACAACUUCGGAAUCUGAUACGGAUAAAAUGAGUGCCUCAGCCAAGAGGGUCGUUAGAAGUGUUGUAUUGAGUCCACCUACCAGAAAUGGCACUGGCACUGGUAUUGGAAAUAGUGGAAGGCACGCACAACCUACCCAACACCAACACCAGCAUCAUCAACAACACCAGGGCAACAACAAUAACAACAACGGCAGUGGCAGUGGCAGUGGUAGUAUUAGAGUAGUGAAUUAUAGACGUCAUUAUCAUCAUAACAAUCAUCAUAAUAAUCAUAACCAACAUCAUAAUCACAAUCAUAAUCAAAACCAUCACAACAAUCAUCACGAUUCAUCCUCGUCCAUUGUCCAUACUACGCCUAGGAGGAAGAGGGUUUUCAAGUACUCCUAUAUCAAACAAAGGCCAAGAGGACGUGUUGUGAGGGCUACCUUGAGUGAGACGAAUCCCACCACCGCUCUGACCCAGCAUCCACAAACUACCUCUACCACGCAUCAGAGGCUUGAGAAUACAAACCAACAAUCCCAAUCACAAGCACAAUCACAACAUAUUGCAGCAGCUCCAAAGUCCAGAGACCAUCAAGAAUUUGAAGAAGUGUUCCAAGAGGAAGAAGAAGACCAGGAUCAAGACUACGAAGAGGAACAAGACGAGGACAACAACAACGACGACUGCGACGAAGAAGAGGAAUAUAUAGUCAACCAAUCAAUGAGCACAAGGAGAUCAGGCAGCACCGGUGCUCAAGCUUAUAGGUCACCCUACCAUCUACCAAGUCAUUCAUCACACGCUCACGCUCAUUCCAAUCACAGCUACACCUCAACAACAACAACCACCACCACAUCGACAACAAUGCACACAGCGGUACUGUCAGCAAUCCAGAUCAAUGAUCUGCAGAAUAGAGAGUUGACACCAGAGGACUACAGUCUCCUAUUGUUGCUGGACAACUCUGUGAAGCCACGCACGGCACCAGAGAGCAUUGUGCGCUCGUUCCCAGUGGAGCGACUGACGGACGCCCACCAACAACGCUGUCCCACCUGCAUGGUGUGUCUGGUCGACUUUGAGAAAGGUGAACAAGUGACCGUCAUACCCAAGUGCAAGCAUGUCUUCCACACGCCAUGUAUCACCAACUGGCUGACCAAGUCAUCCACCAAGUGUCCAAUCGAUGGUCUACUCUGUUAUGAUCAA